AUGUCAGCCAAUUUAAAUUCAAAUCCAGAAGUUCUUUUACGUAAGAGAAGAAAUGCUGACAGAAUAAGAUUAGAAAGACAAGAGAAGGUCAAGCAAAGACAAAUUUUAAGAGAGAAGCAAAAGAGAGAUAACAAGAAUAAAUUUUUAAGAUUUGAAAAUAUUGCUGCUACUGCUUUAGCAAGUGAGAGAGAAACUGAAAGAGUUAAGAGAAUUAGUACAGUCGAAAUUAAGAAGUCCAUGAAUGAUGUAUCCAAUCUGGGUUCCGUUUCUGAUUUCAUCUUAAAGAUUACUGAAAAGACACCGGAACAAAUUUUGGAAGAACAAGAAAGUGGUAUCACAAUUGAAGGUGAAGAAGAUAACUUAAUCAGAGAAAAAAUUCGUUAUAACAAUGAGGAAACCUUAAUUUUCGUCGUUAGAGUAGAUGGGCCUCUUUUAGCUAAGGCACCACAAAAGGUGCAAAAAAUUUUAACUAUUUUAAGAUUGACUGAAAAAAAUACUGGUGUGUUUGUGAUUCUAAAUAAACUUGUAUUCCCAUUAUUGAAAAUGAUUGCUCCAUAUGUUGUCAUCGGUAAACCAUCUUUAUCAACUGUUCGUUCUUUAAUACAAAAGAGAAGUAGAAUCUUAGUGAAGGAUGAAGAAAAUCCACAUUCUGCUAAUUCAAUGAAAGAAGUUAUCUUAAAUGAUAAUAAUGUCAUUGAAGAACAAUUAGGGUCAGAAGGUAUAAUUUGUAUGGAAGACAUAAUCCAUCAAAUUGACAAAAUGGGUGACAAAUUCCAAACCUGUUCUUUCUUUUUACAACCAUUCAGAUUAAACCAAGAAGUCUCUGGUUUCUCAGCUUUGAGUAAAUUACGCAGAAUCCAAGUUGCCGAAAGUCAAGAUAAACUGCGUUUUAAAUCAAAUUCCUCUUCAGCACCUAUCACCGAAGUCGACAUCGAUGCACUAAUUGGUAAAAUGAAUUAG